UCUUUACUUUUCUCUAUACUCAGCCUUUCAUUUCUCCCCAAUACCAAAAAAAAAAAAAAAUGGAUGCCACACUCUCAGUCCGACCCAACCGCUUCACGUCGGGGUCACCUUACCCUCGACCCACAUCUCGCAAACCCGGCCCACCGCCCCACAUCUCCCGCCGCCGCCACACCACCACCACCACCACCACCAAGAGGAACCAACCCUGGCCGUGGCCUGGCCCAUUCUCGUCGGCCCGGCGCGCAUUCAUAGCCGCUCCGCCGGUUCUCCAAGCCGGCUCGAGAGCCGACGACUCGGCUCCCUUCGAGAUGUCCGUUGAAAACGCACUCAAGCUCCUCGGAGUCUCCGAUGGAGCUUCCUUCGACGACAUACUUCGCGCCAAAACCUCCGUGCUCGCUUCUUGUAAGGACGACCAGGAUGCGAUUGCUCAGGUUGAGGCUGCAUAUGACAUGUUGCUUAUGCGGAGCUUAACCCAGCGACGAGCGGGAAAAGUUGUGAAUAGUAGCAUCCGUUAUGCCGAUGUUAAACCUGUGAAUGCUUCUGGCAUCGGAUCAAUGCCUCAGUGGUUGCAGACUACUGUGAAGAAUUCACCCAUUUCAGUUGACACACCAUCAACUGGUGAUUUAGGUAUACAAGCAGGCGUGUAUGGGGCUUUGAUGGUAUUAACCUAUGUCAAUGGAGCUUCAACAUCCUCUUCCCUUCCAUAUUCUGGAGCUGAUGUUCCUGGACUGAUAUUGGCUGGUAGCUUUGGAGCUUCCUUGUACUUCAUGACCAAAAAGAAUGUGAAGUUAGGGAAAGCUACUGUAAUUACCUUAGGGGGGCUUGUGGCUGGUGCUGUGGUGGGAUCUGCUGUUGAGAGCUGGUUGCAGGUAGACAUCGUCCCAUUUCUUGGCGUACACUCCCCUGCUGCUGUAAUAAGCGAAUUUAUACUCUUCUCUCAAUUGUUGGUCUCUCUGUACCUUAGAUAAGAUUAAGAGAAGAGUGUAUUUGUAAUUGAUAUUUUGAAAUCUGUAAUUAUUCAUUUGCAUUGAUCAUACCCGAGCUUUUAUAGGAUGUGUAUCAUUGCACAUAUUGUACAAAACCAAAAGUAGAAUGUAGUGAAACUCUAAUCAUUUCCUCAA